AUGGCAGAGGGAAAUACUGAAAUUUGUGGAUUCCUAGAUGUUAAGUUUUUUGGUGGUAAAUCUAAAGUUCACAAGGUUAAAAAGAGGACAUUGGGUCCUUGGAAGGUUUGGAAGAGACAUUGGUGUUCCAUUAAAAAACUAGGUCCUGGCCUAGGUGUCAGAGUGCAACUUGAUCAUGGCAUUAGCAAUGGUAGUAAUGCAUCACCAAAUGACAGGGACAAUUCUAUAACAAUACCAUUGGAUGCACUUAUUUGUCGCACUCAAUCUAGAUCUAAGCAAUUUGCUUUUGGUAUAUUUCCUACCAAAGAAAGAAAACCAUUGUUGUAUUUAGCUGGUAAUUCGGAGACAGAAUCACAACGAUGGAUGGCAAACAUUAGGCAACUGUUGAAACCUAGAAAGCAUAAAUUUAUACCAGGAUCUUAUAGCAUAUCUAUGGUUGAUAAUUCACAUUCUAAGGCAUCAGGAAUGACAGGACUAUAUGGUGACUUGAUGACAAACACAUUGGGAAUCUUUAUAAAAGAUGUUUAUUCAGGUGAAACAAUACAAAGUUUUGAGUGGAAAGAGCUAGGUCAAUUUCAUUUGGUCACAGCAGGACGACCAGAAGAUGUUAAAUUCAUUUGUGUAAUUCAUACAAAAAAAGAAUUUCGAAAUGGAGUUGGUGAAUUCCAUGUGUUUUGUUUAGAAGCCACUAAGUUAUUACAGGAUUUGGUGACACAAGGCCGUGGUCCAAGGCAUAAACAAACCAACAGAAGACCUUUAAGUUUAAGUGAAGGUGAUCUUAGAGUAUUAGUUCGCAACGAACCAUCGCGAAAUUUCCCAAGUAUUCAAAUGGUAAACGAAAGAACGGAAUUGAAAAUGUUAAAUAAACGAAGAGAAAGUAGUGAACGAUAUGAAGAAAUAAGCUGUAAAAUACCUAGCAAAAUGACAGAGCAUGUUUAUCAACCAGAACCAGCUAGUUGUUCUCAUGCUAGAAGAAUAUCUGACAUUUCUGCAACUUCUGGAAUUUAUGAGGAAAUAGCAGAUGAAAGGAGUAACAAUGCAGCUGGUGCCUCGAGUUUCUAUAUGGAUCAGCUCUUUCAUCACCCUCCAUCAGAUGAACCACCACCUUUACCUCCGCGACAAAGAUGCGCUUCAGAGUCUAUGAAAGGUACCAGGUCACAAGAUAUUCGAGCUUCUGGAUCUAGUAUUUUGACUCAUCAGUCCCAUAGAAAUUCUAUACAGAUUGAAAGAAAUAAUUUACAAUUCCAGAGAAUAGUAGAUGAGUCCAAUUAUGUUCCCAUGUCACCUAGAUUCAAAGAUAUUACUUUGCACAAUUUACGAAUGCAAGCAUCUUUACAAGAAAAUGAUUACGUUAUUAUGCGAUGA